AUUUUUAUCACGUCCGACAAUAAUUACGUAAUGAUUCGCACAAGUCACAACCACGAUUUGGUAUUGAAAUUUGAAUCUGAUUAUGUGCGGGAUAUGUUCCUGCGUGCUUUAGAGAGAUUUGUAGAAGAAACGGACCUACAGCGUGAAAACAUAACGAACAUCACAAGCACGGCAACGCUGAAACAAGCAGUGACCCAAAAGGAUCGACAAAAAACAUUAGAGAAGUUUUUCCGUGUUGUAUUUUCUCAGGCAUUUCACAUUGCACAUUCGGAAGAAGAAAUACUGCAGAUCGAUUCAAAGGUGGCCAAGGAAGUUAUUUACACUGAAUUGACUCUAACCGAGUUUGCUGAAUCGCUGGACAUGCGACCAGAUUCUGCUUUCAUCACGAAGAUCUUCAACUUGGUUGACAAGGAUAAAAAUGGAUUCAUAUCAUUUCGCGAAUUCGUCGACAUGCUAGUGGUAUUUCUGAAGGGGAGCGCCGAGGAGAAACUAAAAUUAAUGUUCGACAUGUACGACAUAAAUGGAACAGGUAGACUUAAAAAGGCGGAAUUUACUGACAUGUUGAGAUCCUUUCUAGAGACUGUAAAUGCCGACGUGGCAGAAAAUGAAUUGGAUACCGUGGUAAACAGCAUGAUGACGGAUGCCGGUCUUGCCGAAAAGGAGGAUAUAGAGUUACAAGAUUUUCAAAAUUUACUAGGCGAGUUCAAUGACAAACUGAGCUACGCCGAGCUCGAGUUCAACGUCAACAGCGAAGGGAAAAAGAUGAACGCUGCAAAAAGCACCUUCAUAGGCAGAGCCAGGAACACAGUUGAAAGUCUUUAUGCCGACCCAAAUGAAUUAUUAUCUAGAGUCGAGGGGAAGAGUGGAGGGCAAACGAAAUCAAUGCCAAACGAAGCUUCAUUGGGAGAAACCGUUGAAGUGAAAAUGUAUCACGCACCGAUGAAACGAAUGAAUUGUUUUUGGUAUCCACUGACGAAGUACAUUGCUGACAAGCAGCUUCAAAUAUUUUGGAUUUUUCUAUACACCAGUGUCCUCCUGGUAAUAUUUGCUGAGCGAGCUUAUUACUAUUCCGUGGAACGUGAGCAUUCUGGACUCCGUCGUAUUGCCGGAUAUGGCGUCACUAUUACCAGAGGCGCAGCAUCCGCCAUGAUGUUCACAUAUUCCACACUUUUAUUGACAAUGUGUCGCAACACCAUUACAUUUUUGAGGGACACUUUUCUGCAACUGUAUAUACCUUUUGAUUCUGCCAUCGAAAUGCACAAGUACGUCGCUUGCUGGUCCCUUGUAUUUACAAUUCUUCACGUCAUUGGACACAGCUUCAAUUUCUAUCACAUCUCAACGCAGACCGCUGAUGACCUUACUUGUCUGUUUCCCAACUUUUUCCAUCGCACCCACGAGCUUCCGAAAUUUGAAUACUGGGCCUGGGAAACUAUGACGGGUGUCACUGGAAUGGCUUUGACAAUUGUUACUACCAUUAUCUUUUUGUGCUCUUUGCCAAUUGUCAGAAGGAAGCUUCACAGCUGGUUCUCCUUCACGCAUUCUUUUUAUCCAGUUUUCUAUAUUUUGACCGUUCUACACGGAACCGGUCGAUUGAUUCAGGAACCAUUUUUUCACUACUUUUUCUUGGGUCCCGUGAUACUUUUUGUCUUGGACAGAGCUGUUACCGCCACGAGGAAGACUAUAGAAAUACCAAUACUGAAAGCCGAUAUAUUGCCAUCGGACGUGACGUGUAUAACUUUUCCAAAAUUACCAAACUUCCAAUAUAAAUCUGGACAAUGGGUAAGAAUUUCUUGUUCCAUAUUGGACACUGAGGAAUAUCAUCCCUUUACGUUAUCAUCUGCACCAAACGAGCCGAACCUAACCGUUCACAUAAGAGCAGUCGGACCGUGGACAAUAAAUAUUCGCAAAAAAUUGGAUCCGACACGAACCCCAUUGCUUCGUUUACCCAUGAUUCGAGUAGACGGUCCUUAUGGGGAAUCUCAUCAAGAUUGGCACAAGUACAAAGUCGUAAUUAUGGUGGCAGGUGGAAUUGGUGUGACGCCAUUCUCUUCGAUUCUCAAAGACAUAGUGUACAAGUCAAACAGCCACGUGACGGUCGGAUGCGAAAAGGUUUACUUUCUCUGGGUGACAAGGACUCAAAAACAAUUUGAAUGGAUGGUAGACAUUUUGAGAGAGCUCGAACAGUCUGAUCAAAAAGGCACAGUCUCGGCUCACAUUUUCAUCACGCAAUUUUACCAAAAAUUCGAUCUCCGUACUAUACUCCUGUACAUUUGCGAGCGACACUUUCAAAAGGUCUCUGAAAAAUCUCUCUUAACGGGAUUGAAGGCAGUCACGCAUUUUGGUCGGCCAAAAUUUCGAGAUUUCUUCAGUGCCAUUCGACGAUUACAUCCCGACAUAAAUACCAUCGGUGUCCUCAGUUGUGGUACGCCUUCCAUGUCAAGAACAAUAGAUGCAGCCUGCACAUCACUCAACAUUUCCGACGACAACGACGUCCUUUUUAAACAUCGCUAUCAAAUAUUUUAAUUUCUGCAAUUUCUUAGCCACGUUCUUCGUUAACCGAUUGUGAAUCAAUAUGAAAUGAAUAAUAAGAUGCUGAGGAUUCAAUAAUAAAGAUAACAAAUUUAAUUAA